AUGACAUUUUUCUCGGCGAUCGUUCGACCUCUCCUCAUCAGUGUUGCCGCCAGCGUCGGCAUCUACUUUGCCUUUCUCAGCCUCCUCACCAUCCCUUCGUUCCAAGACCAUGCGAUCUACCUACACCGCGUGACAUUGACCUGGUUCCAAGAUGUCAAUGAGCCUGAGCAUUGGGGCUUUCUCCGGAACCAGGUGACGCCCUUCCUCCUCCACACGCCGGAUGGCGAGACUCUCCAUGCGUGGCACAUCCUACCCCUCGAGACAUAUCGAAGAAAUGAAAGGGCGCUGAGAGAAGAAACUGCUGGGCUGUGCCACAAUAUCACCGAGAGAUUGGGUUUCAAGCUACUGAGAGACGAUCCGACUGCCAGGCUGGUAAUAUAUCUACAUGGAGCAGCAGGAACACUGGGAUCCGGUUGGCGACCGCAGAGCUAUCGGGCUUUGUCCGCUGCUGCAGCCAACGUCCAUAUCCUUGCCAUUGACUAUCGAGGGUUUGGCUCUAGUACGGGGUGGCCGUCAGAGGCUGGCCUCUUGACAGACGCUCUCACUCUGGCAGACUUUGCAUUGAAAACCGCAGGGAUCCCACCAGAGCGGAUUGUCGUCUUUGGACAGUCACUCGGCACUGCAGUCAGCAUAUCCCUUACUCACUAUCUAGCCUUUCAAUCGCCGCCCACAGUUUUUGCAGGAAUCGUGCUCGUAGCGCCAUUUGCGAACGUCGAACUUUUGACUCAAACCUAUAGCAUUGCUGGAACCAUCCCGCUUCUUGCGCCUGUGGCACGCUGGCCUAAAGCUUUGGCCUGGCUCAAUAGCUUUAUCACGACCAAGUGGCCAUCAAAGGAUAAAUUGGCCGAACUCAUCCGCCGGUUGGAUUCUGUGAAGCUUCCAGGGCGGAAGGCGAGAUACGACAUUACCAUCAUCCACGCACAAGACGACUACGACAUCCCGUGGACACACUCUGACGUGGUGUUUUGGAAUGCCGUCAACGCAACAGGACAGUCUGGAACGAGCCUGAGUUUUGAAGAUCUCGAGGCUGAAAAGGCCCGGCGGAAAACAGAGCUGGGAGCUGGUGGUUGGGAGGUUGAGUGGAGGGGCCAUGCUGGAGUGGUGCGAGAACAGAUUGUGAAGCAUGGACUCCAUGAUCGAAUCAUGAGCUAUCCGGUGGUGAGCCUCGCCGUUGCACGCGCGUUCCACAGCCUGGAUUCGGAAUAG